AUGAUUGCAGUGGGGUCAGGCAGAGGGCGCCAUUUGCCGGGUGUCACGCAGACCCUGAGUCGCCCCCUCUGGUUGAACCUCACUGGCAGGAAGGGCAGGAGCUGGAAUGUUCCAGAAGGAACACCAGCGGCACCUGUAGGGGGCAGUGUGAGGAGAGCGGGGCCCCAGACCAGCUGCUUCUCAGACUUCUCCAGUCAGAAGCCAAGACUCAUGGACACACUGAGGACCAGGCGCCCUCUGGAGAUGGUGGUCCUACUGGCCUUGCUCAUAGCCAUAGGCUUGUCAUGGGUGCCGACUGCAGGAGCAGAAUUCUAUGGACGUUUCUACAUGUCUUCAAAGCAGUGCAGCAGAUUCUGUCCAGUGCGCCCAGAUGAAACUAUUAUCUCUUCUGAUGGAGCACCGCAGCCGAAGCCCUUUGUAGCCCAAAAGCCCUUGCCCUUCUUAUAUGCAAGGUGCUGCAAAUGGGACUUGUGUAACAACUAUGGGCCUCCAAUCCCGCAGUUCAAGGAGCAGCCCGGGAAAGCCAGUGAGAGAAGAUACAGAUACACUGAGCUGUUCCUGCCUGGCUUCAUGGUCCUGGAUGCUCCUGGGCUCACAGACCUCAGCCUACUGUAAGCUGCAGAUGGACCUGGA